AUGACCAAUAAAGCAGACAAGCGCAUACUUUACGUAGGCGGCUUGGACAAGCAAGUCACGGAGCAGAUACUGUACACUGCAUUCAUUCCUUUUGGACCUAUUAGUUCUGUACAAAUUCCUGUUGAUUAUGCCACGCAAAGAGGAAAACGCUUUGGCUUUGUAGAGUUUGCAGAGGAAAUGGAUGCUAGUGCUGCUAUUGAUAAUAUGGAUGAGUCGGAGUUGUUUGGAAGGACGUUGCGAGUCUCCAUUGCUAAACCUGAUCGUCCGAAACUUGGAUCGAAUAAACCAGUGUGGGCAGGAGAUCGAUAG